AUGCGCUUUCAACCUGCCGCCCGCUGCUUCGCCAUAGCCCAGCAGCUUCGAAGCCCCUGGAGCCGGCCUUUUUCGCCCCCUUUGCCUUCAUCCGCAGCGGCAACUGCCGCCUUCACGAUGGCCACACACGACUUCAACCAGAACGCAAAUCAUUCCUCACCACCACCGCCUCCAACCCCCAAAGCUAGCAGUGGAACAACCCUCGCCGCGCUGCCCAAGUCAUGGCACUUCACCUCCUCCCUUCCAGCCGAUGAGCAGUUCCCGACCCCGGCCGACAGCCAUAAGGCGCCGCGCGAAGAUCUGGGCCCACGCCAGGUGCGCAACGCCCUCUUCACUUGGGUGCGGCCCGAGACCCAGCAAGAUCCGGAGUUGCUCGCCGUGUCGCCCGCUGCCAUGCGCGAUCUGGGCUUGGCACCAUCCGAGGCCGAGACAGACGAAUUCAAGCAGACAGUCGUCGGGAACAAGAUCCAUGGCUGGGACGCCGAGACGCUGUCGGGUCCGGGCUACCCGUGGGCCCAGUGCUACGGCGGGUUUCAGUUCGGUGACUGGGCGGGACAGCUAGGCGACGGAAGGGCGAUAAGUCUGUUUGAAGCCACAAACCCGCAGACGGGGAAGCGCUAUGAGGUCCAGCUCAAGGGGGCUGGUCUCACGCCAUACAGCCGUUUCGCUGAUGGCAAAGCGGUUCUGCGGAGCAGCAUCCGUGAGUUCGUCGUCAGCGAAGCCCUCAACGCCCUUGGAAUUCCCACUACCAGGGCACUGGCUCUCAGUCUACUUCCCCACAGCAAAGUUCGUCGGGAGCGCCUCGAACCUGGCGCCAUCGUAGUGCGCUAUGCUGAAAGCUGGCUUCGUUUUGGCAACUUUGACAUCCUCCGCGCCCGCGGCGACCGCAUCCUCACUCGGCGCUUGGCUACCUACCUAGCUGAAGACGUCUUCGGGGGUUGGGAAACCCUCCCUGGCCGCCUCGAUGACCCGUCAGAACCGGCCAAAAGCUCCGAACCUUCGCGCAACAUCCCACGCGAUACAAUCCAAGGCCCACCCGACGCCCAAGAGAACCGCUUCGCCCGCCUCUAUCGCGAGGUUGCCCGGCGCAACGCCCUAGUCGUCGCCAAGUGGCAAAUCUAUGGCUUCAUGAAUGGUGUACUCAACACCGACAACACAUCUCUGUUCGGCCUGUCCAUGGACUACGGCCCGUUCGCCUUCAUGGACAAUUUCGAUCCCAAAUACACUCCCAACCACGACGACUACCUUCUCCGCUACAGCUACCGCAACCAGCCGACCAUAAUAUGGUGGAAUCUUGUCCGGCUUGGUGAAGCCCUCGCCGAAUUGAUCGGUUCUGGUGCCAACGUUGACACCGAAGAGUUCAUUUCCACGGCGCCCACCGAAGCAACCGCCCCGACCUUGGCCGUCCUCGCCGAGAAAAUUAUCAACCAGGUCGGCGAAGAGUUCAAACAUGUCUUUUUGACCGAGUACAAGCGCCUAUUCGGACUCCGCCUAGGCUUCAAAACCGCGCAAGACACAGACUUCGACACCUUUUACUCACCACUCCUCGAUAUUCUUGACGACCUCUCCCUCGAUUUCCACCUCUUCUUCCGCCGUCUAUCUUCCCUCCAACUGUCCGAUAUCUCCACGCCUGAAGCCAGAGUCAACCACGCGGCAAUCUUCUUCUCCCCGGAUAACAACACCAGCAGCGCCAACUCCGCCACCGAACCCAACCGCCAGCGCAUCGCCGACUGGCUCGCCAGUUGGCGGGACCGUAUUCUUCAAGACUGGGCCGACAACGACGCAGACGACGCCCGCAUCGCCGCCAUGAAAGCCGUCAAUCCAUCAUUUAUUCCACGCAGCUGGAUCCUCGACGAGGUCAUCCGCCGCGUCGAACACGAAGGUGACCGUGAUGUGCUGCGCCGCGUGACGCACCUUGUCCUGCACCCCUUCGAGGACAGCUGGUCCGGGAAGGAGUUUGAUGGUACCAAUAAAGUUUACAAGGGGGACGAAGAAGAGGAGGCGCGAUGGACAGGAGAUGUUCCCAAGGACGAGAGAGCUAUGCAGUGUAGUUGCAGUUCGUGA